UGUCAUCGAUGAGCCAUAGACUUCAUAAUAUGACAUGACACGGGGUGCAGGGCCAAUCCGUAGAAAAAAUUUAAAAUUCAGAUAUUUUCAAAACCAAAGCUGCUACCGACCUUAAUCCAAAACAGGCACCUCCCUUAGGCAUAUGUGAGUCUCCGUGAGCAGCGGUAUCAAAAAAUUCAAAGUUGUUCCCUUAUAAAAUGCCGAUUAAUUAUUUUUUAUGUAAGUAUAAUGAAGCUUAAAAUGGCUGUAUAAUUCUCAGAUUUUACACUAGAUGCACAAAAAUCCCCCAAAUGCAGAGAUAAUCACCUAUAUUUUCGGGAUCAAUAGCAAUUUUUAACAUAUCAUAUAAGUUUUUGCCCAAAAUACCACCUUAUUUUUUCUUUUAUUUACUGCAUGUUUUGAACAGCUAAUAAAUCACUCAAUUUUCACAUCACAAGCUUAAUACUUGAGGAAAACAUGCAGAAUCAAUUAUAAAUAAUUUAUAAAUAGAUUAUUAAUAAAUUUUAUAUACAAUCACAACUUAUUACAGAAUCGAAUAGCCCUUUAUUGUCAUUAUACAGUUGUACACUAAAAAUGUGGAGCAUCGCCCUUUACAGUGCAGUAUAAGAUAAGUUCAAAUAUCGAAAGUGACUUGCAAGUAUAAAGUAUGAAAUCUAAACAAACAUAAAUAUAAAAUGUGUAUGAAAUAGUCCUAUAAUUCAGGCAGUGCAAAUAAUCAAUGUGGUAUCACCAGGAUAUGAGUCCCAUCUUUCAACAACCCAUCCAUCCAUCCAUCCAUCCAUUAUCUUCCGCUUAUUCCGGGGUCGGUUCGCGGGGGCAGCAGCUUCAGCAGGGAAGCCCAGACCUCCCUCUCCCCAGCCACUUCAGCCAGCUCCUCCGGCGGGAUUCCAAGGCGUUCCCAGGCCAGCCGAGCGACAUAGUCUCUCCAGCGUGUCCUGGGUCGACCCCGGGGCCUCCCGCCGGUGGGACAUGCCCGGAACACCUCUCCAGGGAGGCGUCCGGGAGGCAUCCGAACCAGAUGCCCGAGCCACCUCAACUGGCUCCUCUCAAGGCGGAGGAGUAGCGGCUCGACACCAAGCCCCUCCCGGAUGACCGAGCUUCUCACCCGAUCUCUAAGGGAGAGCCCGGACACCCUGCGGAGGAAACUCAUUUCGGCCGCUUGUAUCCGUGAUCUUGUUCUUUCGGUCACGACCCACAGCUCGUGACCAUAGGUGAGGGUAGGAACGUAGAUCGACCGGUAAAUCGAGAGCGUCGCCUUUUGGCUCAGCUCCUUCUUCACCACAACGGACCGGCGCAGAGUCCGCAUCACUGCAGACGCUGCACCGAUCUGCCUAUCAAUCUCCCGCUCCCUCCUACCCUCACUCGUGAACAAGACCCCAAGAUACUUGAACUCCUCCACUUGGGGCAAGAUCUCAUCCCCGACCCGGAGAGGGCAUGCCACCCUUUUCCGGCUGAGGACCAUGGUCUCGGAUUUGGAGUUGCUGAUCUUCAUCCCAACCGCUUCACACUCAGCUGCAAACCACCCCAGUGAGAGUUGGAGGUCACAGCUUGAUGAAGCCAACAGCACCACAUCGUCUGCAAAAAGCAGAGAUGCAAUGCUGAGGCCACCAAACCGGACACCCUCAACGCUUCGGCUGCGCCUAGAAAUUCUGUCCAUAAAAAUUAUGAACAGAAUCGGUGACAAAGGGCAGCCUUGGCGGAGUCCAAUCCUCACUGGGAACGAAUUCGACUUACUGCCGGCAACGCGGACCAGACUCUGACACCGGUCGUACAGGGACCGAACAGCCCUUACCAAGGGGCUCGGUACCCCGUACUCCCGGAGCACCCUCCACAGGACUCCCCUAGGCACACGGUCGAACGCCUUCUCCAAAUCCACAAAACACAUGUAGACUGGUUGGGCGAACUCCCAUGCACCCUCGAGGACCCUGCCAAGGGUGUAGAGCUGGUCCGCUGUUCCACGGCCGGGACGAAAACCACACUGCUCCUCCUGAAUCCGAGAUUCGACUUCCCGACGGACCCUCCUCUCCAGCACCCCUGAAUAGACUUUACCGGGGAGGCUGAGGAGUGUGAUCCCUCUAUAAUUGGAACACACCCUCCGGUCCCCGGUCUGCCAAUCCAGAGGCACUGUCCCCGAUGUCCACGCGAUGUUGUAGAGGCGUGUCAGCCAUGACAGCCCUACAACAUCCAGAGCCUUUAGGAACUCCGGGCGGAUCUGUCAUUGCCCACAUGAGCGUUGAAGUCCCCCAGCAGAACGAGGGAGUCCCCAGAGGGGGCACUCUCCAGCACACCCUCCAAGGACUCCAAAAAGGGUGGGUACUCUGAACUGUUGUUUGGUGCAUAAGCACAAACAACAGUCAGGACCCGUCCCCCCACCCGAAGGCGGAGGGAGGCUUCCCUCUCGUCUACUGGGGUAAACCCCAGCGUACAGGCACCAAGCCUGGGGGCAAUAAGUAUGCCCACACCUGCUCGGCGCCUCUCACCGUGGGCAACUCCAGAGUGGAAGAGGGUCCAACCCCUCUCGAGAGGACUGGUAUCAGAACCCAAACUGUGUGUGGAGGAGAGUCCAACUAUAUCUAGUUGGAACUUCUCUGCCUCACACACCAGCUCGGGCUCCUUCCCCGCCAGAGAGGUGACAUUCCAUGUCCCAAGAGUUAGCUUCUGUUCCAAGAGUUAGCUUUCAACAACCGUGUAGCCUUUUUCUAUGCCGUGUGUUUUCUGGUCAUCUUCCUCAACUUGUACAAGUCCCUGUUCCUCGCCGUCUCCUUUCUGCCCUCCUGGACUCUGCUCCUCUUCCUGUCCUGCCGCUCGGCCACUCCCAGGCCUAGUUCUUCCUCGCUUCUGAAGUCACAUCCUUGGAGAAGUUCGCACCAAAACAGUUGGCGAGUGACUGCCAGGAACUCCGGCAGGUGCUCUUGUGCUUGCUGCAGCGACAUUCCGAAGGACGCUAUGUGGGCCACGGGGAGAGAUGGCCGCUUGAGGACUGCCCGACCUGUCUCCAGCUCUCCCUUGUCCUCUGGAACAUCUCUAGGCCAUGUCCCUGUGUUCCUGUUCGCCCAUGGUCAUGGCGAGGAGCCUCAGACCGGCGAUUGUGUUGGGGUUGACGAUGAGCUCGACGCUCUCUUUCUCGGUCGAAGAGCACGCCAGUACCUUCUGGGUCAACUUGAAGCUGGCCUCUCAGGCUCCUAAAAAACAUGUUUGUUUUUGAAAGAUAUUUGUUUUGAUUCAUCUUUUUUGGUAAAGUGAAUAAUGCUGGCCACUUACUUCAGCCCCAGGACACCUGGGUAACACCAAACAUACUUCUAUUCACACAUAUUCUAUGUGCAACACUGAAUUAUGUGCAAUAUUAAUCUUCAAUAUUCAAUGCCUUCACUGUCAACUGCUGCUACUUCACUUCAAUUAUUUGCACUGCCUGAACAUAGGACUGCCUCAUACAUAUUUUAUAUUUAUUUAGGUUUUAUACUUUAUUCUUGCAAGCCACUCUGGAGAUUUUUUUUAUUGUCGUGCACUGUAAAGGGAGAUGCUCCACAAUUUCAUUGUACGACCCUAUAAUGACAAUAAAGGGCUAUUGUAUUCUAUUCUAUUCUAUUGCUGUCGGCGUAGGGGUUGGUGUAGGACCAGGUGCCCUCAGGGAGCUCGAGGCUGGCGUAGUAGCCAGCAUUGUUGGCGUGGCUGUCAAAGCUGACCGAGUGGAAACACAAACAAAGAGCUUUUUCCGCUGAAAAUUCUUGUGAAUAAAUACUUAAAUCCCUGAAUUAAAAAAACAACAACAGGCCGUUUUUUUUACAUAAAUAUGUCAAAUGUGCUGCUAGUUUAGUCACUGUGGUCACCCCUUAGUACAACCAAGACCUUUUUGCAUUGGAAAGUCUUGUGAAUAAGUGCUUAAAUCCCUGAAUUCAUUAUAGAUAUGAACGUAAAACAGUCUUGAUUCUUGGUUAAAAGCAAAAAAAAAAAAAAACGUGCAGUUAGCAGUUUUUUUUCAUAAGAAUGGCGAAGAAUAAUGCCAACGCUGUAGCCCCUAUUUUCUCCCAUGGAUUUUUUUUUCACAACGUUUCAAAAUGCAUGCAUGGUACGAAAAAAAUAAUAAUUACCUUGAAUCCUCCAACAAAUCUCUCCUGAGACAAUCCUUACUGUUUGUAUGUGGUACAGCUUUCGUACUUUUUCAAAAAUCCAAGCUUAGGCUCGCAGCGUGUUCUGUCUUCGACUGACUAUUACUAAAUAAAGCAGGCUUUGGUACAGCCCCCUACGGGAAGACGUGACACAAAGAAUGACAAAGUGUCAGGUCAAUAGAUUUUUGAAGUCUACGGAUGAGCAGAAAUGCUUCUUUUAGUGCUUCUAAGACCUCGAGUUGAUUGUACUAAACGUUGUAUAACAGGGGUCCCCAAACUAUGGCCCGUGGGCCGGAUGCGGCCCGCCUCCACAUUUGGUCCGGCCCCCUGAACAAUACCAGAGAGCAUUUUGAGUUUUUUUUUUUUUUUUUUUUUUCAAUAGUGUUAUUUAUUUCCUGGCUUUUUUUUUCUGUGAAGAACCCAGAGAGGGUUAUUUGGUUAUUAUCUAUUUAAUUAAUAGUGUUAUUAUUAUUAUAAUCAUUAUAUUAUAUAUAUAUAUUUUUCAUUUUAUUUACUUUUGUUCCGCAAAGAAUCCAGAAAGGGUUAUUUGAUUGUGGCUUUCUGAAAAACAAGAAAUUUUUACGUUUAGGCACUGCUGCAAUCGUCACACUUUUUCUGUUACAAACUGACCCCGGCCCCUCAUCAGAGAAGUGAAAAGUUAUGUGGCCCUCACAGGAAAAAGUUUGGGGACCCCUGUUGUAUAAGGAUAUGAGAUUUGAUAGCAAAAGUAUCCGUACUCAGUUAUUUGUUUUUGCACGAUCACAGAAGUUUGUCAUGGUGGAAAUUUGACUUUGUACGACUCUUGAUUGUCAUGGAGGAUAUUUUUGCAUUGGUGAACACACUGGCUGCCAGUGACGGCAGUACACGUCCAACUCAUUCAUCAGAAAUUCCCAGUCAAAAUGCCAAAUGGCUGGCUUGCUUCCCGCUGUUCAGGUGCGUUAUGUCGGGGGCGGACGCGGAGGUGUAUUUCUCCCAGGCGCACGACGGGAGCGUGUCGUCGGGCUUCCGGGCGCUCUACGAGGAGCGUCUGCUGCUGGACGUCACGCUGACGGUCGAGGAGCACCACUUCCAGGCUCACAAGGCGCUGCUGGCCACCCAGAGCGACUACUUCCGGGUCAUGUUCACGGCGGACAUGCGCGAGCGGGACCAGGACAAGAUCCACCUGAAGGGGCUGACGGCGUCGGGGUUCGGCCACAUCCUCCGCUUCAUGUACUACGGCUCGCUGGAGCUCAGCAUGAUCACCGUGCAGGAGAUCCUCCAGGCGGCCAUGUACGUGCAGCUGACGGAGGCGGUGGAGUUCUGCUGCUCCUUCCUGCUGGCCAAGAUCUGUCUGGAGAACUGCGCCGAGGUCAUGCGGCUCCUGGAGGACUUCAGCGUGGGCGCCGAGGGCGUCCAGGAGCGCCUGGACGACUUCCUCUUGGACAACUUUGUCCCGCUCAUGAGUCGAGCAGACUUCCUGUCCUACCUCAGCUUGGAGCGACUGCAGGCGUACCUGAACAGCGACGCCCUCAGUCGCUACCCGGAAAUCGAGCUGUACGAAGCGGCGCAGUCGUGGCUGCGGCACGACCGUCGGCGCUGGAGACACGCCGACGCCGUGGUCCGGUCGGUCCGCUUCUGCCUCAUGACGCCCGCCGACAUUUUCGAGAAGGUGAAGACGUCGGAGUUCUACCGCUAUUCCAGGCAGUUGCGUCAAGAAGUGGAGCGGGCCGCGGGCUACUUCCACGACGUCCACCGGCAGCCGCUGGCCGGCACGCGGGCCAACCGCAUCCGCUCGCGGCGCCCGCAGACAGCCGUCUUCCGCGGCAUGAUCGGCCACAGCAUGGUCAACAGCAAGAUCCUGCUGCUGCGGCGGCCCGAGGCCUGGUGGGAGCUGGAGGGCCCCCAGGUGCCGCUGCGACCCGAUUGCUUGGCCGUGGUGGACGACUUCGCCUUUCUGCUCGGGGGGGAGGAGCUGGGGCCCGACGGCGAGUUCCACGCCUCCUCCAAGGUCUAUCGCUACGACCCCCGACAGAACUCCUGGCUGCGCAUGGCCGACAUGUCCGUGCCCAGGUCGGAGUUUGCCGUGGGCGUGAUCGGCAAGUUCAUCUACGCGGUGGCGGGUCGCACUCGAGACGAAACCUUCUACUCCACCGAGCGCUACGACAUCACCCAGGACCGCUGGGAGUCGGCGGACCCGUACCCGGUCAACAAGUACGGACACGAGGGCACGGUCCUGGGGGGCAGGCUCUACAUCACCGGCGGCAUCACGUCCUCGUCCACCUCCAAGCAGGUGUGCGUCUUGGACCCGGGGCGGGAGGCGGCCGGCGGCUCGGACUCGCUACGGACGCGCCGCGGCGCUCCCGACGCCUCCCGCCCCGGCUGCUGGGAGAACAAAUCCAAAAUGAACUACGCCCGCUGCUUCCACAAGAUGAUCUCUCACAACGGGAAGCUGUACGUCUUCGGCGGCGUGUGCGUGGUCCUGCGCGCGUCCUUCGAGUCGCAGGGCUGCCCGUCCACCGAGGUGUACGACCCGGACGCCGACGAGUGGACCAUCCUGGCCUCCAUGCCCGUGGGGCGCAGCGGGCACGGCGUGGCGGCGCUGGAGCGCCGCAUCGUGGUGCUGGGCGGCCUGUGCUACAACGGCCACUACAGCGAUUCCAUCCUGACCUUCGACCCCGAAGACAACAAGUGGAAGGAGGACGAGUACCCCCGGAUGCCUUGCAAACUGGACGGGCUGCAGGUGUGCACGCUGCGCUUCCCGGAGUACGUGCUGGAGCACGUCAGGCGCUGCAGCUGAGGGCCCUUUUUUGGCCGCUCCCGAGCGCUUUUGCUCUUUGCUUUUAUAGAGAAGGUUGCAUCACUUCCUCUUUCCUCUUUUUUUUUUUUUUGUCUGACGUGCCGGAAGCUGCAAUCGGAGUCCCUCACAGAAAGAAUCGCCUACAG